GAGGGGAGAGAGAGAGAGAGAGAGAGGCGCAGGGGCGCGAGAGGCGGCAGUUGGUGCUCGAACGCAGCGCGCGGAGGGAGGGCGCCCGGCCCCGGCAGCGGUGGGAGGGCGAGGCGGCCAGAAGCACUGACGAUCGGUGUCUUUGAGGAGGGGGGAAGGAAAACUACUCGUUAGCCCUCAGCAUUCGUGUGUCAACGCAUUUGGCGAAAUUCUCCAUGUUUUCUCGGCGCCUGGCGUUUCCCUUCAGUUCCACGCCGUGCGAUUUCACUCCUCGCCGCCUCUUCCAUCUUUUGUGAUUUUUUAAAAAAAAAUUUUCACCCUUUAUAACACUUGCGUUAUGUCUUGAUAAUUUCAUGGGGCUUCUAAGAAUUAUCAUGCCGCCUAAAUUGCAGCUGCUUGUGGUUGUGGCAUUCGUGGUCGCCGUGUUGUUCCUGGAGAAGCAGAUCCAGAAGCUGGAGGAGUCUCGGGGAAAGCUGGAGAGGGCAAUUGCAAGGCAUGAAGUCAGAGAGAUUGAACAGCGCCACACAAUGGAUAACCCAAAGCAAGAUCAAGGAGGAGAUGAGAUGGAUGACAUAAUCAUCCUUUAUAAUCGUGUACCUAAAACUGCCAGCACUUCGUUCACAAACAUUGCAUAUGAUCUGUGUGGAGUGAACAAGUACCAUGUCCUGCAUAUCAAUACAACCAAAAAUAAUCCUGUGAUGUCUUUGCAAGAUCAAGCAAGAUUUGUUAAAAAUGUGACAACGUGGAAAGAAAUGAAGCCAGGAUUUUAUCAUGGACAUGUAGCAUAUCUGGACUUUACAAAGUAUGGCGUGAAAAAGAAACCCAUAUAUGUAAAUGUAAUUCGAGACCCAAUUGAAAGACUGGUGUCCUACUACUAUUUUCUACGCUUUGGUGAUGACUACAGACCAGGACUAAAGAGAAGAAAACAAGGAGAUAAAAAGACGUUUGAUGAAUGUGUUGCGGCUGGUGGGUCAGACUGUGCUCCAGAGAAACUUUGGCUUCAGAUUCCUUUCUUUUGUGGCCACAGCUCAGAAUGUUGGAAUGUUGGAAGCAAAUGGGCUUUGGAGCAAGCCAAAUACAACCUUGUUAACGAGUAUCUCCUCGUCGGGGUAACUGAGGAAUUGGAAGACUUUAUAAUGCUCCUGGAGGCAGUCUUGCCACGCUUCUUUAGAGGAGCAACAGAAUUGUACCGCACAGGAAAGAAAUCUCAUCUUAGGAAAACAGCAGAGAAGAAAACGCCGACUAAAGAAACCAUAGCUAAACUGCAGCUAUCUGAGAUCUGGAAAAUGGAAAAUGAGUUCUACGAGUUUGCUCUGGAACAAUUUCAGUUUAUUAGAGCUCAUGCAGUGAGAGAAAAAGAUGGUGAACUUUACCUCCUUACCCAGAACUUCUUGUUUGAAAAAAUCUAUCCGAAAAUAAAUUGAACAGUUUUUACUAUAAUGACCUGAAAAACUGCAUCAAGAAACGUCUUUCUGCUGAAUCAGUUGUAAUCUUGAAAAACAGCCCAAUGAUUUAUUCUCCCCAAUAGUCCUGGAAAGGAAACUCUGCAGUUUGUAUCAAAAUCUGCUGUGAGACACUAGUCUGCAAAGGGUUAAUGCCAAGAAUUACAUGAAUCAAUGGACAAAUGAGCAAGCAAAAUCAUUUACACAGUGUCCCAAAUGUGUAGAUGGCAUUCUGUCAUGAUUACUAAUCAAAUUGUGGUAUGUUUUAGGGGUUCCUGUGUCUUCUAAACUUUUACCUGUAGAACUAUUUUUACUAGGAUGCUUUAUAAAGUGUUUCAAAAGUAUUGUAAUUUCAAAGUAAGAUAAACGAUAAAGUGCUGUACAUAUUGCACAUUUUCUGUGUUUGGACCAAAAGGUUACAAAAGGUUUGAAGUAUUUAUUUUGCACCAUUUUUGUUACAGGUGUGUAAUUGAAAACGUCACAUCCAACAUGCUGUACAUCCUUUUGUUAGGUACUUUUUGUGUAAAUUUCAAUUUGUAGACUAAAAUUUUCCUCAGUUAUUUGUAUCAUGCAAAAUAUAUUACAAAGAUCAAGAGCAAAACGUGCACCUCAGAGACUUAGCAGUUACAGGGAAGCCAUCUUGGGUGCUUUGUGUAGCACUUCUGGUUGCAUGCACCUGCAGUUAGAAACUAAAGGAGUUUCCCCAGUGAAGAAUGACCUUAAACUGUUAAGAAUCUGGUUGUGCCGAAAUUACCUAUUGGUUUAGACAGUAUUGGUAGGUUUUUAAUGUUGUUUCCAACUCCAUUUAAAAAGGUUAUGCAGAGUAGUGUAUUGCAUUUCUAAAUACAUUUUAAUUGCACUUUUAUCAGAAAUGAAAUGAUUUAUCCUAUAGGCUUGCUAUGUUUUCAGAGGGGCAUUGUGCUGCUGAAUUUCACAAAAGAGAGAUUCCUUGUAUUUAGCCUUAUAACUGCAUGCUGCCAAUUGAAUAUCUCCAUCCCAAUCCCUGCACAUAAUGGGAUCUGUGAUAGAGGAACAUUUUUCUUUUGCAGAUAACUUCACUAGUUUCUUUGCAUUUUGUUUCUAUUGAAAACAUUCUAGCCUCCAAGAUAAAUAGGCCUUUUUGUUUUAAAAGUUAUAGCUAAAACUGUUCAUUGGACUCACUGGGGCGUAUUUUCCAUUGGGUGGUAAAGCCAUCAGUGGUCACGAGGGUUGGGAAAUUUACUCACCAAGUCCCACUGUGAUCCGUCCUGGUCUUCAUGGUUGGGGUUAAUCAUAUUUUCAGAAUGGGCUCUUGAUGUUGCUGUGUAGCAGGAGUUUGCCAUUAUAAACCAGAAAAUCAUGUACAGUAGUGGCUACUCAAUGCAGCUUCGGGAAAAUGGGUGGCAAAUGAUAAAUGUGCCAGAAGCUUCCAGAGUUAUCAUAAAAUCUUAUAGACUGAAGUACCGUUUUAUUGACAUAGCCAUGAUUGAUCCCGCAUCAAACCUUGCAGCAGUGGGAGGGCAGAGGAUUGGAAGCCAUGGCCAUAACCAUGCUUCAUGCCCCCAGUUCCCAAAAAAUCCUUCAGUGACCUUGAUGGUUGUUCUGCCACUUUAGCUGGUGUAUUUUCACCCAUGUUCCUGUGGGUCAGCAGGACGAAGGCAUGAAAAUAGACUUGCUUCCCUAGCCUUAUUUCAUGCCAUCUAUCUGGUAAUGGGGGUGGAGAGUGUAAAUGAGGCCGAAUUUAAGGGUGUCAGAUUAGUAAUAGCUUCUUCACCUACUGCAACACAUCUGCUGUAAGAAUAGCCAGCCCUAUAAUGCAGGGAAAAUCUCUCAGAUGUUUACCAAAUCAUUAGGAUAAAAGUAGAUUAAGGAAAUGGAUUAUUUGAAUAUGAUGGGCUAACGUUCAAUGUAUUUUCAAAGUCAGUGUGGGGACGGGAAAAUUGUACUUUCUGUAUUGCCAAGAUUGAACUUGAAAUUUUUCUUAAUGCUGAAACGACUCUCCUGUGCAUUCAGCUAAAGGGUCACAUGUUGAAUUUAAAAACUUUAUUAUAUUAUCUCUGUUAUGGAACUACUGAUCUUUCAGCAGCUGUAAUCCCUGCACACUUAGAAGAAUAUGGAAGAGUGGGGUACUCAGCAUUAACCACUACUAAAUAAGUUUCAAAUUUCAUACAUAUCUGGUUUGGGGUUCUCAAUAUUUGGUGUUAGAAUUUUAAGCUUUUAGAUGUUUGCUGUAUAUUUAGAGGUGGAGUUAAACUUAUGUUCCAGUGUAUGAUUGGUGUUAUUCCCAGCAUUGUGCCCAUCUUGCAAGGAGCAUAGUGUUGGAACUGAAGGCAUGAAUAGAUAAGGUACAGAAUGUAAAUACUGGGAAAAUAUGGAUUGUAUUCUAUAUAACUGUUUAAAACACAAGCAGCAGAAUAGUGCCUUCCUCAUCACGAUCCAUGUUGUAAAAAGUGUACAUUUUGACUUCAUUUGAGCAUCAUAAACAAUACCAAUGUCUUGACAUUUUGUGUAGAAUCAGUUAGUGAUAAUUGUUCUGUUUUCUCCUUGGUGAGGCUUUUUGGUUGUAGCUUUUCAGUUUUUCUGAUGCAAAUGCUCUCUAAUAAAUAAACCUAUUUGAAAUA